AUGUCCGAAACAACUUGUGAAAAAAUUAAACGACAUUGUCAACCAUUUACUUACGCCUUUAGUCUUAGUCAUGUAAAAUCUGUUCUCAUUGGUAUGGUUACUGAAUAUGAAACACCAAAAAUUAUUACUAUUCAUUCAUAUUCAAUAGCAUUAACAUGUCGUUUUGUACAAUUAGUUAUUGUAUUCUAUGCAUUUGCAUAUUUAAUGUGGCAUAAACGUGGUUAUCAAGAUCGUGAUCCAUCAUUAAUAUCAUCUGUAACAAUGAAAGUUAAAGGUAUUGGCACAUUUAAUAGCAGUCGAAUAAUAACAUUAGAUAAUGCUGAUUUUAUAAUACCACCACAAGAAAAUAAUGCACUUUUUAUUAUGACAAAUUUUAUUCGUACUGAUCAACAACGAGCACGUUGUGCAGAAGGACUCGAUAUACACGAUGCUCCAUGUACGAAUGAUACACAUUGUCAAUUAUUAAGUCCAUAUCCUCCGAAAAGUAAUGGACGUUGGACAGGAAAGUGUUUACCACAAGGACGUUGUGAAAUUGAAGGUUGGUGUCCAGUAGAAAAUGAUCUUACUAUGCCUACACCAAUAAAAGAUUCAGUAAAUUUUACAAUAUUUGUUAAAAAUUUCGUUGAAUUUACACGUUUUGGUGUUUCAAGAACAAAUAUAUUUCACGAUUCAAGAGCUAUUAAAAAAUGUCGUUAUCAUCCUAUACAUGAUAGACUUUGUCCAAUAUUUCGUGUUGGUGAUUUAUUAAAGUUUGUUGAAGCUGAUGAUGAUGAACGUUAUAAAAUGUUAAUAUCUGGUGGUGUUGUUCGUAUUAAAAUUGAUUGGAUGUGUAAUUUAGAUUUAGGUGAAGAUAAAUGUAAACCAGCAUAUUCAUUUGGUCGUUUAGAUUCAAGAUCACGUGAUGAACAAUUUUCAAUUGGUUUUAAUUUUCGCUAUGCAUCACAUUGGAAAGCUAAAAAACGUUCACAUCGUACAUUAACAAAAGCAUUUGGUUUAAGAUUAAUUGUUACAGUUAAUGGUGAAGCUGGUCGAUUUGAUUUUCUUGUAUUAACACUUAAUAUUGGUUCAAUGAUUGGUGUACUUGGUUUAGCAACAUUUAUAUGUGAUAUUGUUGCAUUAUAUUUUUGUAAACAAGGUUCAAUUUAUCGAAAACAAAAAUUUCAACGUGUUAAAAUAACAUCAACAUCAUUAUCAACAAUUCAUAAACAUAUAUCAUUAAAUGAUGAACAAAAUAAAAUAAAACAAACACGAGAUAAACAAAUGAAUAGUCAUUUAGCUGAUGGAGAUGAAUGUUAA